AUGAUAAAUGAUGGCGGAAAAGGAAUGUACUGCUAUGCCGAGAUGUGGCCGGGGUUUGCUAAUGCGACGUCGUACGGAAAUGUGGGUAUGGAUCUUAUGGUGACGGACCAGAGAUCGAAUCGUAAUUCGAGAAAGCGGCGCGACGAGGAUGAGCGUGUUAAAGGAGCUUCCAGUAGCAACAGCGACGGAAGUAAUAGCAAUAAUGCCUUGCAUGAAGGAGACAACAAAAGGUUGAAGACGGUGAGAUCAAAUGAGAAUUGUGAAAAUAAAGCAGAAGUAGAAGGGAAUUCAGGCAAGGAUGCAGAAAUGCCUACAAAACUGGCCGAACCUCCAAAGCAAGACUACAUCCAUGUUCGUGCUAGAAGAGGUCAAGCCACUGAUAGUCACAGUUUAGCUGAAAGAGCAAGGAGAGAAAAAAUAAACGAGAGGAUGAAAAUUCUCCAAGAUCUAGUCCCUGGAUGUAAUAAAGUUAAUGGCAAAUCACUAGUCCUUGAUGAAAUAAUUAAUUAUAUCCAGUCUUUACAACGUCAAGUUGAGUUUCUCUCUAUGAAGCUUGAAGCAGUAAAUGAAAGAGUGAACCCUGGCAUUGAAGGAUUUCCUUUAAAAGAAUUUGCUCAGCAAACCUUUGAUUCUCUGGGCAUGACAUUUGGUUCACAAGAUCCAAGGGAAAACGAUAGGGGUGCAUCGCCAGAAUGGUUACAUAUGCAGAUUGGCGGCGGGUUUGAAAGAGCAUCAUGA